AUGUCAAUUUUUGUAGUAGUGGCCUCUGGUUUUGUUAUUCGUGACUCUGACGGCCAUGUCUUAUUAGCUGGAGCUAAGAACAUUGGUGACAACACUAUCUCUGUGGCUGAAUGCAUGGCUCUCCGUGAUGGCCUUGCUUUUGCGAUCCAUAGAGGCUGGCGCAAUAUCCUUGUGGAAGGGGAUUUAAAGCUUAUCAUUAAUUGUGUUAAUCAGGAAGCGGAUCCGCCGUGGAGUAUUUGCACCUUAAUUCAAGAUAUAAAGCUUCUCAGUUCCUUUUGUGUAGCUCUAUCUUUCAAUCAUAUCUAUUGUGAGGCGAACUUCAUGGCGAAUGCCGUUGCUAACGUGGGCCAUGGGCUUAACCCUUCCAAGCUGUGGGAGAUGGGCCUACCUUUGAAUUGUUUAGUUCCUUUCUUUUUCAAUCUUUUUGGGCCUGCGUGCUCUCGUGGUUUCUGUGACAGGACCUCCCUGAAUUCCUCGGAACCCGGGACGAAUCCUGUGAAAUCCCCGACAUCACACUGA